AUGACGCAGCGGCCGUGCGUGCUGUGUGCGCCUGCGCGGAAAGGAUGCAGUCAGAGGUCAGUUCGUCUCCCAGCGUUUUACUGGUGGAGGCGUUCUACGGCGGCUCUCACAAACAGCUGAUCGACCUGCUGAAGGAAAACUUUGACGGCUGCUCCGUCUUCACACUUCCUGCAAAGAAAUGGCACUGGAGGGCGAGAACGGCGGCACUCUACUUCAGCCAGACCAUCCCCGUCUGUCCGUCGUACAGAGUUCUGUUCAGCAGCUCGGUCCUCAACCUGUGUGAGCUGGUGGCUCUCAGACCGGAUCUGGCCCUGCUGAAGAAGGUUCUGUACUUCCACGAGAACCAGCUGGUCUAUCCGGUCCGCAAAGACCAGGAGAGGGACUUCCAGUACGGAUACAACCAGGUGCUGUCAUGCCUGGUGUCGGAUGUGGUGUUGUUCAACUCCAGUUUCAACAUGGAGUCCUUCUUGUCCUCCAUCCCGUCCUUCAUGAAGAAGAUCCCAGACCACCGACCCAAAGACCUGGACCACCUGAUCCGCCCUAAAUGUGUGGUUCUAAACUACCCGGUCCGGUUCCCUGAUGUCAGCAGGCUGCUCCCCAAACACAAACUCCUCCGCUGGAGCGCAAAUGUCAAUGAUCAGAAACCUGUUAGUGACCAGGAUCCACAUCAGUCCACAUAUGAACCCACUACAGAUCCACUUCAGUCCACAUCUGGACCCACUAGAGACCUGGACCCUGCUGGUGAAGCUGCAGACCAGGUGAAGCCUCUGCACAUUGUGUGGCCUCACAGGUGGGAACAUGACAAAAACCCUGAGCUGUUCUUCAACACUCUGCUGAAACUGAAGGAGAGACGACUGGACUUCCAUCUGUCGGUGCUUGGAGAGACGUUCACCGACGUACCAGAGAUCUUCUCUGAGGCCAGACGUUUGCUGGACUCCCACAUCCUGAACUGGGGUUACCUGUCCAGUAAGGACGACUACCUCCAGGUGUUGUGUCAGGCCGACGUCGUCGUCUCCACCGCCAACCACGAGUUCUUUGGUGUCGCCAUGUUAGAAGCCGUCCACUGUGGCUGUUAUCCUCUGUGUCCGAAGGCGCUGGUGUAUCCCGAGAUAUUUCCAGCACAGUACCUGUACUCCACACCUGAGCAGCUCUGUAAACGACUACAGGGACUCUGCAGGAGGCCCGAUGUCGCCCGCAGACACGUCGUCACGGUUGACACCUCCUCCUACUCCUGGGCCGCUCUACAACCGAGGUUCCAGACUCUGCUGGCAGCCGAGGGCCUCUGAACGCACCACGGACAUCUGGAGGUCCGCUGGUUCAAAUUGGUCCGGGUCGUCUCUGAGCUCUGAGUCAAAGUGGUUCUGGACUCUUCAUGUCUCCUGAACACAGACUGUUGGUGUUUGGAGGGUUGUGUUGAAUCUGUCAUGUUUCAGCAUCAUGUUUAAACACAGAUUGGACUGAAUUGCCUGGUCCUGGUCUCAGCUCUGGUCCUGGUCUCAGCUCUGGUCCAGUAUCAUUGGACAAGUUUCAACUCAGUUUUGCAUUUAAAGGUUGAUUUUUUAUCCUUUUUUUAAUGAUGUCACAUUUUCUAAGAGACGACUUUAACAAUGAAAACUUUUUUACACGAGUCAAAAAUCUGAGUUUUUAAAAAUGAAAUCAGUCAAAAACGGUUUAUUCUGUUUGGAUCAAAUAAAACAUUUGUCUUUGAAAAGAGAUUGGAAUAUAUGACCUCAGUGUCCUUAGUAGUAACUACAGCUCUGUCUGAGGUGGAACCUAAAGCUGGCAGAAAGUAGUGAGUCAUGUUUAUGUUACAGAGACAGCUGCUGGAUUGUGGGUAAUGGAGUCAGGAAUCCUGAACACAUCACAUUACUGUCUGUUGACCAUGAACGCCUCACGCUGUUGUAUGUUGAACCUGAACGCAUCAUUGUAUUUUGAUCCUCAAUGCAUCACAUUAUUGUCUGGUGUCCCUGAAAGCCUCAUGCUGUUGUCUGUUGUCCUUGAAUGCCUUACACUGAUUUUAUGUGGACCCUGAAUGCCUCACUGUUGUUUAUUGUUCUUUAAUGCAUCACGGAGUAGUCUGUUAAACAUGAAUACAUCACGCUGUUGACUUUUGACCUUGAACGCAUAAAACAAUUUUCUGUUGUCCA